AUGAAAUGGUUAGACAAACGUCCUGUCUUGAUGAUCAGCACGUGCCCAAGCCACCAGGCAGAACUCAAGGCAACGGGAAAGAAAACUAGAAAAGGAGAAGACACCUUCAAGCCUCAAGCAGUCAUUGAUUACAAUAAUGCUAAGAAAGGCGUCGACAUUUCAGAACAAAUGUCCAGCUAUUAUACCUGUAUCAGAAAAAGUAUCAAGUGGUAUAAAAAAGUAUUCUUUGAAAUACUGCUUGGCACAUGCAUGGUGAACUCGUGGGUGAUUUACUAUGGCAGAAAUGCGAAAAAACUUUCUAUGCUGCAGUUUCGUGAAAAAGUUGCAAGGGGCUUGUUGGAGGAAGAAGACAUUGAAGAAAAUAUAAAACCUGAAGAUAUUGCCGCUAACGUGCCCGAACAAAGAGUGACAAAGAGACCUCGAGCUAGUAGCAGAAUCGCUCAUCAUAAGAUGCAAAAAUAUGAUGGCACGGUAAGAAUGAUUCGGAAGAGAUGUACCUCAUGUUACCGAAAACUCCAGAGCACAAGCGGUGUCAAAGAGGCUAGAAAUAAAGCCAAGCGUGUUUCUACAUUUUGUAAAGAUUGCCCAGAGCAACCGACACUAUGCCUUCAAUGUUUUAAUGAAAUUCAUAAGUAA